AUGCUUCAACAAGAACUCCUACAUAGGUUUCUUACCGGAAUUGUUCGAUCUUUGGGCGUCUGGAUAUCAAAACCACCCGUCAAGCCAUACAUUGACACAUCAAACAUGAACCAAGUGACACAGCAAGAAGCUGGACAAGGACAAGCCCCAGCAUACAUCAAGUCAGGCUCGCCACCACCCUACACCGCUGACGCCGCAGCCCGAGACCUCCUCGCGAUGCGUGAAGGCGAUCCAAACGAGAGGAUUGACGUCCCCUUCGUACACAGCCACGAUCAUAAAUCAGCCCUGGACUACCUGCGCUUCCGUAACGUUGGUAAAGUGACACGCCGAGUUAUCGCUCGGCCGAUGACGCGCCGUCUCUACAACGAACGCUACGCGCAUGACCAGAAUGGAAACUUCAUUGGCACCGGCGUGAAGGCGCCAGAUGCUGGACUUGUCUUUAUUCCCGGCAAGGGGACAGAGCAGGAUUUGUUGGAUCAGGUGUCGAAGUUUGCGCAUGCGAAGCAGCAUGAUCCGCGUGACUUUGCAGAUGGUUAUGGAACGACGCUUAUUGACGGUGGACACGUUGGUAGUUGA